CGGUGCCGGUGCUGCCCGGUGCUCCCCGGUGCCGCCGCGGGACGCGGGCGCCCAUCCCGGCCCGACCCCUUUAAGAUGAUGCAAUCGGCCCCGCGCCGCUGAGCGGGCCGGAGCGCAGCGGGCGGAGCGGAGCGCGGCCCCGGCGCUGCCGGCGGUCCCGCCGGGCCAUGGGGCAGCCGCCGGAGCCCGGCAGUGCCUAGCGCGGCUGAGGCUUUCUGCAAGUCAUCGGGGCCGGCGGACGCGCCCCGCUGCCCUCCCGCUGCCCCGGCCCGGCCAUCCACUCGAGAAUUGUUUUAUUUAUUUAUUUCGUUGUCUGCUUUCAUUAUUUUCUGUAUGUACUGGUUUCCUCGUCACCCGCCACGGUUAACUUCCCUGUGACUCGGUUUAACACUUGAGACCUCCGUGGAUGCUGCUAAGAGCACUUCUGUUGCCUUUGCUGUCCCUUGCUUGGAUCGGAUUCACGCUACCCGGACCCUGUGUGCCUGUAUGUGUGUUCUGAGUGUCUUGACAUUUUGGUUUUCUUUACAAGAGCUAUGCAUUAAUUGUUACCAAGACCUGUGAAUGACCACAGACUUGGCUUGACCUUGAUUUUGAUGGCUUUGUUGAAAGAGCUGAUGAUGUGAUUGCAUGUCAUGAGGUGAUUGCUCUCCAGCCUCCAGCCUCCGUGUCUCAGUGUAUAAACCAAUUCUGCCACACUGUCACUCAUGGACUAUUCAGAUUUUUUUUUAAAAAAUCCUUUUGGCUACUUUUAUUUUCUCGCUUCUCGUUUCCCCCUUGUUUCUUCUUAAUGUUGGGAGCUUUAUUCUACCCUCUGAUGUGAUUGAUAAUAUCCUGUUUCUCCGCGCUGCUGGUUUCCAGUUUAAACUACAAUGGCUCUAAGUGGCAACUGCAGGACUUACCUCCCUGCUCGGGAGCAGGGGCCGGGGCUGCACUCCUUCCCCGAGGUGGUGGAGCUCAAUGUGGGCGGCCAGGUUUACUUCACUCGCCACUCCACCUUGGUUGGCACCCCCCACUCCCUGCUCUGGAAAAUGUUCACCCCAAAGAGAGACACGGCCAACGACCUGGCCAAGGACUCCAAGGGAAGAUUCUUCAUCGACAGAGAUGGUUUCCUUUUCCGCUAUAUUCUGGACUAUCUCAGGGACAAGCAAGUGGUUCUGCCCGACCACUUCCCCGAGAGGGGAAGGCUCAAGAGGGAGGCUGAGUACUUCCAGCUCCCGGACUUGGUCAAGCUCCUGACUCCCGACGACAGCAAGCAAAGCCCCGACGAUUAUUGCCACAGCGACUACGAAGAGGUGUCCCAGGGCAGUGACACCAGAAUAUGCCCCCCCUCGUCGCUCCUGCCGCCGGACCGCAAGUGGGGAUUCAUCACCAUCGGCUACCGCGGCUCCUGCACUAUCGGCAGGGAGAGCCAAGCAGACGCCAAAUUCAGGAGGGUCCCGAGGAUUUUGGUUUGUGGAAGGAUUUCUUUGGUCAAAGAGGUUUUUGGAGAAAGUUUGAAUGAAAGCAGAGACCCGGACAGGGCUCCAGAAAGGUACACCUCCAGGUUUUAUCUCAAGUUCAAGCACCUGGAGAGGGCUUUUGACAUGUUGUCCGAGUGCGGAUUCCACAUGGUGGCCUGUAACUCCUCGGUGACGGCUUCCUUCGUCAACCAGUACACAGACGACAAGGUCUGGUCCAGCUACACCGAAUAUGUCUUCUACCGUAAGUAG